AUGGCGAGGGCGGCCUGGGCCGCUUGGCUGCUCGUCCUCAUGUGCUUCGUCGCUUGGACCCUGUGGCAAAUCUUGGUCGCCAAGGUCACCGACGCGAAUGAUGGUGGGCGAUACACUGAAUCUUGCCUUGUCUCUGAUCGCAUUUCUGCCUUCCCUUAUGUCCUUCUCAUGUUUCUUGUUUGCUGCGCGGCUUCCUUCUAUGGCCGCCCUGGAUUUGUUUGGGCCAGGAGCUCCGGAUUUCGCUUUGCUGCGGCAUUGGGUGUAUGGUUUCAGUUUGGUUGCUGCUCUGCAGGUUCCAUUCCAUCAUCUGAAUCUCGUGUAGCCUGA